CCAACAAAAAGUUUGAGUUCCCAUUGCAGAGUUUUGCUUUUCCUUUUUUCAAUUUGUUUUUAGGGUUAAAAUUGGAAGUUUAAAUUUUGCUGGGUAGGAAACAUAAUUGACCAACCCGCGUAUAUCACAGUAGCAUUCGUUGGUGAGAGCAAGAGUCGUAUAUAAAAGACUAACUCGAGAAUCCGACGCCUGCCUAACGCAACUUUGGUUUCCUUUCCUCUGUUUGGAACACUAGAUCGCUAUCCACAGCUUCAAUCAAUGGCGGAUCCUGAACUAGAAGCAAUCAGACAAAGAAGAAUGCAGGAGCUUAUGGCUCAACAUGGUGUGGGAGGGUCCGGAGGGAAACAACAAAAUCCGGAACAGCAGAGGGCAAAUGAAGAUGCCAAGAGGGAGGCUGAAGAACGGAGGCAGAUGAUGCUUAGUCAGAUUUUGUCAGCAGAAGCUCGUGAAAGAAUUGCUCGAAUCGCUUUGGUGAAACCUGAGAAGGCAAAGGGUGUUGAAGAUGUUAUACUGAAAGCUGCUCAAAUGGGCCAGAUAGCUGAGAAGGUUUCCGAAGAGAGGCUCAUUUCGUUGUUGGAGCAGAUCAACAACCAAACAACAAAACAGACUAAAGUCACUAUUCACAGGCGUCGGAGUGUCCUUGAUGAUGAUGAUUGAAUUGUAUUUUGUAUUUAAAGACGAUGUUCUUGUUGGUUGUAUAUUUUAAGAUAAAGUGCUUGAUUUUUUGUGUUUCUAAAAUAUUCAACUCUGCUCAUACUUCUAUUGUGUGAUUUUGAUAUUUGUUUUUCAGUAAUAUUAUCGACGUGCAAAUA